GUACUCUUAACCGACCGCUUUGUGCUUAUUAUGCUUUUAAAAGACUAGUUAAAUGUCGCCACUCACUCUAUUUGGCUACGUUUUGCUUUUAAUCUCGAUACAAGAUGUUCUCGUGAAGGGAAGAGAAACCUCGCGCCGAACCGCGUUUAAAAAAUCUGUACAAUUAAACGCUUGUCUGGAAAUACACAGACGCCUGACAGCUUAAAGAGCAACUUAUCGGCAAUCACGGCUUCAUAGAAAAGCAAGAUGAAGCAUUUGGUGAAAGGUUCAAACAGGAGAAUCAUCACGAUGAUGGAAUUCCAGCUGUGCAGAACUCUCACCAAUCAGCCGUCAGACAGAGAGAAACACACAAAGCAUUAAUAUUAAGAGUGGACAACCUAAAAAGGGACGAGGCUUCUCACUGUGGGGAUCCAGACGUCCAGAUCCGGAAACCUGUUGGGCCCGGAUUCACCUCCAGCCUCCUCCUGAGACUCUCCAGGAGCCUAAGCUUUGACAAACCUGAGCUAAAGGAGAAUUUAGACCCCUGUCUGCACUGUUCAACCGAACAACAGCAGGUGGAGAGCUGUGUUCAGGUAAAUGGAAAAACGCCAUCACGACACACCUCUGUAGAGACAACGAACGUCGAUCCAUUAUCAGAGACAAUACCAUUUCCAGCGAAGAAGGAAAACGAGGUCAUCACAGUUUGCAAUGAACUGGAGAUUACCCAGGAUUUGAGUACAGCUGACAUUUUUUCAAAUGGUGACAUUGGACCACAUGAACAGAAUGGUUUGGACAUACCUACACAUUUGUCAUCACCAAGAACUUGCACUACAAUUGAGUUAGAGGACGAUAUAAAGGACCAAACAAAGCUUGAAAACCAAACUGAUAUUGGGGAACAGUCUAACCCCCCAACAACUAUGUUGUCUUCGACCGUGGUAACAGUUCUUGCCCCACACUGGAGUGGAUGCCUACGGCGAACCAAAAGACCUGAUGGAACAGGCAAUUCAGAAGCCCAGGGGAAUUUACAAGAAGUGGCAAAUACUGCACCACAACGUGAGCGUGGUUUUCAGGUGACUCAGAACCAACAUGGUGUGGACAGGAUGAUGACUGAUGGACCACAAACCCAACUGAGGUCCCCAUUUCUGGGUCCCAGGAGAAAUACAGUGGGCUGGUCAGCUAAAAGUGAUCCUUUAAGCUUGGACUAUGAAACUAAAAGGCAAAUGACUCACACUGUCUCCUUGGAUGUAAACUCUGGAUGGAUGGAAAAUAGGAAAAUAGAUGGAGGUAGUUUAAGCCCUUUAGCCACAACCAAAUCAUCUGUGCCUCCCCUCUUCCAUGACCCAAAUGAACAAAGGAGGAAUCCACAAACCAGCCAUCAAGGAGGACUCUCAUCUUUAAGCUCAAAACCGUCAACCAGCAGUCUACUUCUGUCUCUAAGGAGAUAUAGCUCUAAUGGCCAGAACUCUGAUUCCACCUCCACAUUCUCAGAUGUAAACCCUUUGCCUCUAAACGGUCCUUCAAGUGAUCGAAAUGGACAAUUAUUCACAACCCACCUUUCUCAAAGCUUUCUCAAUAAUAAUGACCAAGACAGGACAAAGCCUCUUCUCUCUCCGUCACCUCUUUCUUACAGGACAACUGAUAUUGGACCUGUCCUUGCCCCAUCAUCCUCUAAUCACAGAGAAAGGAACAUAUCUGACACAGUUUUCUUUUCAACAUCCCCAAAAAACACGGAUGUAGGAGGUACAACCUCUGCUCACCAGCCUCAGAAAAUAAAUAGGAUCCAGCCCAAUGUGACAUCUUCCAAACAGGCAAUUCUAAGUAGAGGACUAUUAGAGAGACAACUGAACAGCAGGGAUUCAGAUAAAAGUGCAAACUUAAUGUCAGAGAACAACAACCCCUCAGCCAGACAUUCCCCAUUUGAUCACUCUGCACUGCCGAAAACCCAUUCCUUUCCUCAAAGGACCAACCUAAAAUCCACUUCCUGGUGGAAACAAGUUAGCCACGAAGGUAGCUCUCUUCUCAUCCUUAAUGAUACAACCACCAUCAAAGAUGACCUAAACAUACCCUUUGUUCCACCCUGUAAUGAUAAUGGUGGCAUGGCCUCUCCAAGUCCGACUGACAACAAAACACUGGGUAGUCAAAUCUCCAGUAACAAAGACAACAACAACACAACAGAAUCAGUUUGUAAAGGGAACAUGAACAUGAACUUUGUUAUGAAGACAAGGGGAGGAACACACAAUCUCAAACAAAUAAUCCCUGAGACUUCCCUUGACCACGAGUCACAGAGGCUUGUCAAACAGCAGUACAGCUCAAAUCUAAACAACAGAGAACCACAAAAGCCUUAUAGUAUGCCUGAUGCGUUUUGUAGUUCUAAAAUUAGCAGAGCCACAGCACAAACAACACUGAGUCACACUAAAGAUCCCUGCAAGUCUGAUGCAAGCAACGGUUCAUUUACAGCAAGUGUAACGGAAUUACCACCUACUUUGCUAAAUCCCAAAAGCUCAAAUACACCCACAGAGAGCAGCAGCAAGUACAAAAAUAGUCCUUGUCCUGCCAAAACCAACAACACCCCCAUACCUCCUCUCAGCAUGGACUCACAGAAGUUUACCAAACCAUCUCUUUCUCUUGAUUUCACUAACACUGUCAGCAGUCAAGCUCUUAAUUCUCAAACUACCUCUGGUCUCCCCCCAAGCACAAACACUAAAAAUAAUUUCUCCUUCAGUUCUCCUCCAGUUUCUUCUCAAACUAGCGUUAAUGCUUCAUCUUACACUGGGUCUUUGUCUCACAUGCCGCAGUUUAGCAACAAAUCCAACACUACACCUCUUGGCUUUGAAAGAACCUAUGCCUCCAUUCCCAAACCUUUCCAAUCUAAAACUGUGUCCAGUCUGAUUCCUACAAUCAAUUCUUUCUCUAAAACAAACUACAGUUCUGCAUCCACCUCCUCAAGCACUGGAAGACAUCCUGCAUCCACUGCUUCACCAAGCCCUUCCUUUCUUAGUCCUCCUGUCACUCCCACUGCUGUCUCCUCUCUCCUGACUCCCCCUGCAACCCCAGUCAUUUCCAGCCCAAACUACUCAGAAACUCCCAGUCCAAAGGGAGGGAGGACAUUCCCCAACAGCCCAGAAACAGACUCAAAGAAACGCCUCAGUGCAGAGGAAAAAAAACUAAGGCGAGUAACAUGGGAGGACUCAGUUGAUGUCCAGGUUUCAGAGCCCACCACAGUGGAGAAGCCAGAACCAUCUCGAGUCCCAACAAGUGCUCCGUCUCCCUCCAAGCUCUCUCGGAAUGCUCCAUCCAUCUUUUCGUUUCUAAGACCAAGCAGUCCAACAAGAAAUACAUCUUCUCUUUGCUCUCCUACCCCCAAGACCUCCAGCAUACAGGUGGGCAAAGGAGGAAAAUAUCGAUCUUUAUCUUCUGACUCCGCUGAUUUAGCAUCCCGAGAGAAAAACAAGCAAAGAGCUGGUGACACAAUGACCUUUGACCAGGUAAACCAGGACCUGACCACACCCAGGCAGGAAAGGACACUAUCAAUGGAGUCUGGCACAGUUCAGUGUCAUUCUGCUGGUCCCCUCUCCCUCCCUCCUGACUUUUCAAGUAGUUACAAGCUUCGUUAUAGCUCCCCACCUUACUCCACUCUCAUGUCUAACAGGCAGGCACAUGGAGAAACUAAAACUGUAACACCCAGAGCACGACUUUUCUCUCAACCCUCUCAGUCAAAUUAUACCCCACAACUUUCCUUAAAUACCACAUCCAAACCCCCUUUGUCGCCUGUCAGGCUAUCCCAGCCCCCACCCUUGUCUUCCCAAAAACAACCUGCCAUGCAAGAAACUUCAAAAUGUGUGGGUUCAGAAACUGAUAAAGUCAACAACAAUCACAGCAAGAGUGCCACCCAAGACCGUCAGAAUAGCCAGAUAUUACUUGUCGACAACAGAGUUCACGUCAGCUUACAGACUCUUCGGGGUGAUAAGUCCCACAAAUCCUCAUAUGUCACUGAAACACUGGUUUACGGCAUUAAAUCCAAAGUAGAUACAGCUACUGCCCCAAAUGACACCACACCUAAACCUUUACAACAUACCGCAAACACAUCGGUUUCCAUGGAGUUAGGUCAACAGUCAAACGCAGUGCAGAGUAAGGGAGCAGCAGUUGAAGCAUAUCGUCAUUCAGAUCAGAGCUCCAGUGGUAGCAGCUCAAUAGACAGUCAGUCCCGGAAUAAUGAAGGCAGAAGCAGAAGAAUGAAGGAGAAUGUGCUGGGCAAAAGCAAAUUUUUUUCAGUGGAAGUUAAUAAUGAACAAAGCCCAAAGAAAAACCGAUUUGCACUGAAGAAAAGUGUGAGCACCCCAAACCCCAGUUUAUCAAAGUCAGAGUCAGAGAGGGCCAACAAGAGUACCAAAAUGGACCAGGUUCUUAAUAGGCUGAGACAAACAUUCAGCCCUAGACGAUCUGAGGAUGAUUCAUCAUUUCCAUGGAAAUGGAAACGAGCUUCCCAAACGCCUUCCGUUAGUGGAUUAAGUGAUAUCAGUAAUGUCAGUGACAACAGUGUUGAGAGUGCCAAAACUCUGGAGGAGCGAGUGCAGGAGAAAGAGAUAGCGCUGAGUGACAACGAAAAGAAAACAGAGAAUACAGAUAGAUGGACACAAAACAGAUACACUAUCAUACCAUCCUCAGCCGUUGGAAGCUCAACAACAGGAGAUCACUUCUCUGUUUGGUCAGAAAAAUCAACUCUAGAAGCUGAUCAAGAAGAGAAAAAUACUUGUGUAGAACACACAUUUGAAAACAAAGCCCAAGUUCACCUGACAGUCGACCACCCAACAACGCACCAGUCAGACUUCUACAAAGACAGCGAGGCAGAUUAUACAGCAUCAAACCAGUUCCUGUCUUGUAGAGAUCUUAGUCCUUGUAGGAGUCCUAGUCCCUCUGCUGCCUAUCCUGCUCAGUUCAGGAAGUCCACGCCGAGCCCCAGGAGCCCCUUCUCCCCCUUCUCCUCUCUAUCCCCUCUCUCCCCAUUUUCUUCACCUGAAGUGACAGAUGACAGUGUCUUCUACAGCCCAAAGCUGCACCGUCGCAGAGAAUCCCCCUCUCCCUGUGAGCCAGGAGAAGGAAUGAGCUUAGGAGGUUCAAGAAGAAGUCGGUUGUCCACAGGUCCUCCAAGUGUAAGCCCAGUACAAGACAAUGAACGAUUGGCAUCCACGUACGCAGACUUAAAGUACGGCAUUGAGCCUAGUAAGUCCUUUUCUGUGAGUUCAGUUCUGUCCAGUCGACCUUCGGGGCCUGGACGUAUUUCCACUGGAUCCAGAUUCAUGAGUGUGGGUGACCUUUCUAAAUCUGCCUUGUCUUGUGGAAGUAAUGGCAGAGACUUGGACCAGUGGUCUGUCACACCUGAUUGGAACAAAGAAGUCGAUUGCCAGCCUGCCAGUGACAGUCAAAAGUCAUAUUUCCCCAGUGAUCCUGGGAAGAUGAGAUCAAGAUCUCUGCCUCGAUCACUGACCAAAUGCUUAACAAACUGGAGCUCAGGAGUGUCUCCAUCUCAGCCUGUAGCUGCCACAGCCUCAAGGCCUGCUCAUCUUUGGAGCCCUAACAUGGACACUUGUCAGUUUACAUGGGAUACAGAGGGUCCCCCAACUCCUCCUCCAACACCGCCACUCUCACCAGUGUCCAGACGCAUGUCCAAACCUCCCAGCCUUUCCUCCCCAACCUUUCCAAGUUCAUCGGGAGCACUCCAGCAGGUGGACAGCCAGUCCUCCUCCAGAGGGUGUUUACCCUCCAGAGGGUAUGUUUCAAGCCUUAGCACCUAUGAGGAGUCUUCAGACAGCAGCUCCGACACAACCACAGACGAUGAAUAUUACUUAGAAUCAGAUGAGGACAGAGAAAAGGAAACAGAGUUGUGAAAGAGGAACAGUUGCUUUCAAAGCUUCUUGAAGGUUUCUGCGAUCCAGGAUAUGACAAAGAAACGUCCAUGAGGAGAAGGACAGGCUAUAAUCUUUUAUGUAUGAUAACAUCUGCUUGUCUCCUGUUUUUUUUAACUCUCUUAUUGUCACAGAGGAGAUGUGAGAUAUGUUAGAGCAGUAGGCUGUUUGCAUGAUUUACUUUUUGAAAGUUGUGGUUGUGUUAAAAAGACAUAUGGGCGAGCAUGAUAUUAUCAGCAUAGGGUUAAAUACUUCUUAAGUAUGUACAGUUUAUUGUCUGUGACUGCAGGUCUGCGAUUUAUGGAUAGUAAAUUACCAUUGUUCUGCAUUUAUAGUUUGGACAGUUGCAUGGCAUUAGUGAGGUAUAAAUAUCUGUGUGGUUGUUUUAAAGAACAAACUGCUCUGUAAGGUUAGGCUUUCAGCAAGUCUAAUCUUUGGAUUUGCAUUUCAUUCUGCUAGAUAACAGUAAGUGCUGAGGUAAUGUGGAUAAACAUGCUUUCAUUUGAUAUUUCAUCAUCUGUGUUCCUGUGUGUUUGAAGAUUGAACUGAAUUCUGGGAAAUGUCAGCAUAAAGCAGAAACAACUUAUUUUCUUAUUAACUUUUUUGUAACAGACAAAGUGUUGCUUUAAAACGUUUUUUUUUUUUUUGUAUUUUGGGAUGAAAUAUAAUCUUGUUAUGAUUAACAAACAUUAUAAAAUGCUUUAAACAGUGCCUGCUCUUACUUGUACAGUGACAAUCUAAAGUCUUAAUAUAUCUAUUUUAUAAAUAAAUGUAAUAUUUCCAACAAAAGAUUCUGUUUGGGGGGAUUUCUGUUAACAAGUUGAUUUGGUUGAUUGUCCAGCCUUAGCCAGCAUGAUUUCUGUUGAGUUUUAUUGUUGUCUUUCCCAUCGCAGUAUUUACAUGCCAGAAAAAGUAUGCUAAUUAUCUACAGCAAACAAUAGAUUUGGUGCCUGAGGCCACAUUCCAAUCUGCAGUGAUUUUCAGUGACCACAUGAAUCAAUAUGUCUACUAUAGGUGGGGCUGCUUAACAGUCUCCCAUUAUUUGGAAGGGUGUUGCCUUUUGUUAUUAACUAUGACAGCACAUGGCCUGUGUUUAGCUAAAACGUCCAUUAGUCUACAUUUAAAGCCAUUGCUUAACAUGUUUGCUGCCGGUGCACUUUGUGUCCUUGACUUUCUCUACUAUGUAUGUAGAAUUUAUCCCAGAGAGACUUUCACACUGACUCAGAACAAUCUGCUUUGUUUUAUUAGCCAUGACAUCAUACUGUAUAGGAAGGGCGUAGCUGCAUAACUUCAUGUGUCAUCGGCUUUUAGUGCUCGGACUUUGAAUUUGCUUUUCCAUGUUAUGUCAUACAAAGGAAAGUGCUGCGCUGAUCACACGUCAACUGUGAAACGCAGGGAGUAGCCUCGUCCAGAGGCCUCUGUUUACAGAGAAAACACUUGAUCGUGGUAACAUACCAGACGUAGGGCUAGCUGAUAAAGAUGCAGACGGAAAGCUUGCGUGGAACUUGUCCUGUAUGUUGUAAAAUGAUAAUGAUCAAAAGUGUCACUGUUGAAGCUGUACAGUAGGCUGUUUGUUGUCUUGGGUGUGUAGGCUGGGAAAAGCACUUGUGCAGUGAAUGUGUGAAAAUGUUGCCGCAGUUUUCUUUUUUUUACAGCACAGAUUUUAAAAAGCUACGCCCAAAUACUUAAACGCUAAUGUAGACUUGGAUGCCACAGUUUGUGUUUGCAUAAUAGGAUGGAAACGCUUUUAUAAUUCCUGACAUCUUGACCUUGUACUGAAGAUUCACUGUGAGCAUUUCAUUACAGAGAGAUGCUGCACUGCAGUAUCAGCUUUCACCACACAAACUAUUUUCUGUUGUUUUUUUUUCUCAUGGGGAAACGCAUCACUGGGCUGAUAGUGGCAUCAAACAGCAGAGGGAGGGGAUUGUUUAGUGUGUGUGCAUGAAUGCUUCCACUGUGCAACUAUUCAAAGUGAGAUGAAAAACAAAACACUACUCUGGACACUGAUUUGUAUUAUCAUGUGUAUUCUUAUGCAGUUAAGCUGUAUAGUAAGUCAAUUAAAUACAACAAAUUAUUAAUUCAUGUUUACAAUUGUUACAAAUAGCUUUACCGUGGCCUUAUCCCACUGUACUAGUAUUGCAGCUUGUUUAAAAAAUAAUAUUCCCACUUGACUGUUUAAUCUUGUUACAACAUGUCAGUCCUCUCCGUUACCACAAACCCUCAACAAAUAUUUAGCUUGAGAAAAUAAAGCAGAAUGUUUUA